GUGUGGCUUUUUGAGUUGCUUCAUUCAGCAGCUCAGUCUUCCCAUCGCUCCCUGACUGUACACUCUCUCCCUUAAGCGAGCAAUCGGGAGGAAACAUGUCAGACCGCUCUCCUUUCGAUACCAACCUUGUCACGGUGACUCGUUUCAUGCUUGAGGAGGGCAGAAAGGCGAAAGGCACCGGCGAACUGAAUCAGCUUCUCAGCGCUAUUUACACCGCUGUCAAAGCCAUCUCAUCGGCCGUCAGGAAGGCUGGUAUCGCUAAUCUUUAUGGGCUUUCUGGAAGCACAGUCAAUGUGACAGGAGAUGAGGUGAAGAAGCUUGAUGUACUUGCCAAUGACAUGGUAAUAAACAUGUUAAAAUCUUCAUUCAGCACUUGUGUUCUUGUGUCUGAAGAAGAAAACAAUGCCAUCAUCGUGGAUUCAGAUCAACAGGGGAAGUACAUUGUCUGCUUUGAUCCACUAGAUGGCUCUUCUAACAUUGACUGUCUUGUUUCCAUUGGAACAAUUUUUUCCAUUUAUAAAAAGACUACUGAUGGCCCCCCAAGUGAAAAGGAUGCCUUGCAACCAGGUCGUAACAUCGUAGCAGCUGGAUAUGCUUUGUAUGGCAGUGCCACAAUGUUGGUAUUAUCUUCAGGAAAUGGAGUGAACUGCUUCAUGUUGGAUCCAGCCAUUGGGGAAUUUGUUUUGGUGAACAGGAAUGUGACCAUGAAGAAGAAAGGGAAUAUCUACAGUAUUAAUGAAGGCUAUGCAAAGUACUUUGAUACUCCAGUUUCACAGUACAUUACGAAGAAGAAAUAUCCAGAGGAUGGUAGCUCUCCCUAUGGUGCGAGAUAUAUUGGCUCCAUGGUUGCAGAUGUGCAUAGAACACUGAUGUAUGGAGGGAUUUUCUUAUACCCUGCCAACUCAAAAAGUCCGAAAGGAAAGCUUCGACUUUUAUAUGAAUGCAAUCCCAUGGCUUACAUUAUAGAACAAGCAGGAGGUAUGGCCACAACAGGAACACAGGCAGUGCUGGAUGUUAAACCAGAAUCCAUUCACCAGCGGGCACCAAUUGUAAUGGGAUCCAAAGAUGAUGUUCAAGAGUACCUUGACAUUGUAAAUCAAUACAAUUGCAAGUAACUAAAACCCUGCAAUAAUGAAUAUCAAUAGCAAACUCUAAACUGGGAUCUAGACCAAACAUUGAUUUUUUUUUCAAUGCAAAGUGACAUUCCAACUUGACAAUGCAAAUCAUAUCAAUUGUAAUAUAAUUUAGUUACUAAAGUUCUUGAUGAAGUCUAUCUUGAGAUCAGAAUUAUUUCUGUCGUUACAUAACAAUCCAUGCACAAUGUUAUACAUUCUUGAAUGAAUAUGAAUAAAUAUUUGGAUCAGUC